AUGAAGACUGAAGGUAUUAAUUCGGGGGAUCCUAUUUGGACCCAAAAUGUAGAACUUCUACCACAAGAGGUAGGCGCUGUUUGUUGUAGAAUUAGUUAUAUAAUUAUAGAUGAUACUUCAGAAUCUACAGACAAACACCAAACUCCAAAUGAGCUCAACACUUCAAAACCCUUUUUCGAAAAUAUAGUACAAUUACCAGAGAUGGUAACAGUGGCGAAUUUGGAUCCUUCAGAAAGUUCAAGAUGCCCUUUCACCAAUUGUAAAAUCAAAUUUCCGGACAGUGCCAAAUUGAACUACCACAUAUCCUGUCACAGUGAAGGUGCAUUUGCAUGCUUCCAAUGCGGAGAACCGUUUUCCACUUGGAAACCGUUAAUAUCUCACAUGUGGCGCCUUCAUAAGUUAGAUUUAGGUUUAUAUUCCUGUGAUAAAUGCGACUAUAAAACAUAUAGCUUAGCGAAACUUAAUAAUGUCCAUAAGUAUAUUCAUGGCGAUGCCAAAAAUUUUUCCUGUGAUGUUUGUAAGAAGGCUUUUAAAAAUAGUGAGAAGCCAUUUUCCUGUAAUGUUUGCAGCUACACAACAUCCGAUCACAACUCAUUGCGCAGGCACAACCUUCGACAUACUGGUCAAAAACCUUACAAGUGCAGCUACUGCUCAUACGCCUGCAUUCAAAGCAGUACAUACAAAACUCAUCUGAAGACCAAGCAUCCCGGACUGGAAAAGGAUCUUUUGUUCACUUGUGUCGAAUGUCAGUUUAGGUCUGUAAAUAAAGAUAUGUACAUAACGCAUAUGGUAACAGCACACAAUUUAAAACCUCAAGAUUGUACGUAG